AUGAGUGAGCCACUUUCAACGUCCAUCUUGGUACUAUUAGGCGGUGGCCAUGCAGCGGGAAAGAGGACUGCAGCUCUAUCUAUUAAAGAGCAGCUUCAGUCAAUGGUCAUGGAAUCACCAAUUGAUGUGCAAGUAAUUGAUAUGAAUGAGUACACUGAUCAUGAACAAUCAUCUGUUGAUCCCAGCCAAUUCUCAAGUUCCAAGUCUGCAGCGAUCACAGUCAGAAAGGAAGACAAACACAAGUUUCCAGUUUUGAAACCGUCUAGAUUCAAUUUUGAAAAGCUAAAACACGAUUUGAAGGUACUAGAUCAAGCAAAUACGACUCAGAAAGUAGUGUUGGUGCAUGGGUUGUACGCUCUUUACGACAAAGACCUACGAGAAAUGGCUCACAUCAAAGUAUUUAUAGAUAGUGACGCAGAUACACGGUUGAUUCGCUGGAUCAGAAGAGAUGUACUUGAGGGGAAGACCGAAAAUUUAGAGACAGUAAUCAAUGCUUACUUGUUGGGAGCUCGGGUUGAGAUGAGUGAUUACAUCUUUCCUACAAAAGAAUUCUGUGACGUUAUUAUGCCAAAGGGUCCCGAACCAAACUCUGUCAGCUUAGUAAUUGAUGGAAUUUUACUUUACGUGCCAAAGAAUAAUCAGCCUCAACGCACAGAUCUUCCCUCAAACUAUCUAAGACCAAGUGAGAUUGGAAACUUUGAAAAGGAGAAGUUUGAUAUUCAGAAAAACAAGUUCUACCAGUUGAACUAG